CCUCACCAAUUUAGUAUUUAUUAUCUACCAAACAACAAAGCUCGACACACAGGUACUGGUACCAAUAUUGUCUCCCUUUUACCCUUUCUGUUUUUGUAAUCACACGCAUCGCAUUAUUAGAAUGAUGUUUCGCUGCUGUCAGCGCAAACUUUUCCGCUUUGUUGGAUUCCUGGCGGUGCUGUUGUUGUCUCUGGAGUGCGAGGCAUUUGUCAUCCGUCGUAGUUGUGCACGCGGAGGAACGAUCCCCUUUGUCUCUGAAUAUUAUUCACCGCCAUCCAAAGAUACGACGACGUCCCUGAAGGCCAACAACAACAACAAUAAUGACUACCCCAGUAUCAAUAUCGGCCAAAUCCUCCAAACGGCUACUUUUGCUUUUGGGUUGUCCUUUUUGGCUUUGUCCUUUAUUUUGCCCGAGUUUGGAUAUGAUUUUGUGGUGCAGGAAAAUGGACGCCUAGGGAUUGGAACGGUAACAGAAGCGCAGUUUCAGCGGGAAACCAUCAAGGCCAACAAAGAAGCCAAAGCGCAACAAGAACUAUUGCUACAGCAGUCGUCCUCCGAGUAGGCUAGGCUAGUCCACUCCCGGUGUGCGCAAACAUCAAGAGGUCGGCAACAGCAAGCUAGCCUACUAGUAGGGUUGCGAUCAUGAUUGAGCUCAUGAUGGCGGUGGUGUAGGAAUGUUACCGUAGAAGCUUAUAGCUAUACUCUAUACCGUAGGAGGGAUCCUUCUGUUUGUCUUGUAAUAAUCGAAUGUCUGAUUUCCGGUGAAUGGGCAACGAGGAG